CUCUAUGAGAACUCAAAACAGGGAGAACAUUGAUUAUCAGAGUGCAAUCAGACAGCAAGAAUCGGUCCAAAGUUCACUUUAGUGAAACGUGAAUGGACUGAGAGACACGGCAGAGAUUCGAGGCAAGGGAGACGAGAGAACAAGCUAAGAACAUCUGAGGAAUACGUGUUGGUAACCAGGCCGACAGUAAAAGCAGAACUGCAAAGACAGAAGAAGAUAGAAGGAGAUUAAUAGGACACUCUGAGACAAUGGACAUCCUUGAGACAGAUGCCUAUGACAGGCGGCAGAAAAGAAAUAUGUCCUGUGCUCUCCUUUUUUCUCUCUUGCCUUUCUUUUUAUCCGCAGCUCUGUACUUCUACUUGUGGACUCCUGACUUGCCGGCGUCCAUCACGUCUGCAGGGGUCAAAUCAGCACCAACGCUCCUAUUGGCUGCAGCAGUGCUGAGAUGGAACGGAGGUCAGAGUGUCCUGGGUGUGGUGGGAGGACUGGUCUUCUCUGCUGUUGGUGACUGCUGCCUGGUAUGGCCUGAGCUUUUUCUGCAUGGAAUGGGUGCAUUUGCUGCGGCUCAUCUGCUGUACUCAAUCACCUUCCUCUCCAGUCGUUAUGCACCAUAUUCCUCUUCCUCCUGGAAUCGUUUCCUAUAUCUGAUCCUGUUAAUGGUGGGAGUCGGUUUUUACAUCUACAUUUAUCCAUUCCUGCAGAAGGUGCCAAACUCAGAUAUGCUAAUUCCAGCUGUGGGGAUAUAUGUUGUCUUAAUUACUCUAAUGGGGGCAUUAGCCAUCAGGACCCGCCACACAGCAACACUGUUAGGUAGUUUGUCCUUCAUGGUGUCUGACAUGUCACUAGCUUUGCAGGUUUUCAAGGUGAUAGCACCAAUUAGGCACGGUCAAAUUAUUGUCAUGGUGACAUAUUAUUUGGCACAGCUACUAAUAGCUGUGGGAGAUGUAAAGGCAUGGGAGAACAAGGAUGACUUUGCAAAAUGGAAGAGGUCCUAAACAGCAUCCUUGUGGCAUCCCUAAAGUCUUAAGUAUCUCCCUAACCCUGGUAAAUACUACAACUGCCUAUACGUACUUUUUCUAGGCCUUGGAGUUUUUAAAUAGGAACCCAUCAAAUACAGGAAAACAUGAACAGAAGAAGAUGAGUUAUCCUGCUGAUUAGCACUUGACAGCUACUGACUGAGUUCAAAAGAUGGAGUAAAAGAGCAGCUUGCAACUCUUACAAUGGGUUUUCAUUUGAUAGAUUAUAUACACCGCAGUCUACAAACAAGAUGGAAAGAAACUCAAUAAAUAUCAGUUUAGAAUAA